UGCGCGCGCAUCGUGAAGGAGACGCGCGACCUGCCCCCACCCCUCCUCCUCUCCCCCGCCACGCUCCACCACCACCGCCAGCCUGCCCGGCCUGCCCGCCACACCGCACGGCGCCCAGGUGCGAGCGGCACGACUCGGCACGCGACCGGCGCCGCACACCGAGCAGCAUGCGGCCCUACCUGCAGGUCACGCUGUGCGACUUCGACCUGGGCAGCCUGCAGAACGCCACCGGGCCCGACGUGAACCCGCGCUGUGCCGUGCAGGUCAAGGAGCUCGUGGACAAAGAUCGGAAGACGCUUCGCCAGGUUCAGUCGACGCAGUACCCGCCAUGGCAGGGCCACUUCGACACUCCCGUGGGCGACUCGCACGUCCUGCACUUGCUGCUCAUCGGCAAGCCGGAGCAGGUGCUGGCCGAGAUCACGGUGCCCGUCGACGGAAUUGCCGAACGUUGCCAGAAGUCCGGCGGCAAAACCGACGUGUGGCUGGACCUGAAGCCAGCAGGGAAGCUUCUGGUGUCUCUGCGGUACAUCGACGAGAUGAAGACGGGUGCCCCCAAGGACUGGCAGGGCCCCGAGUGGCGCGGCGUGUCCAUGCUGAACCGUCGGCGAGGCGCCAUCAAGCAGGCCAAGGUGCACAUCGUGCUGGGCCACGAGUACACCGCCACCUUCUUCCGCCAGCCAACGUUCUGCUCCGUGUGCCAGAGCUUCGUGUGGGGCCUCAACAAGCAAGGCUAUCAGUGUCGCCAGUGCAACGCGGUGAUCCACAAGCGCUGCAUCGACAAGGUCCUGGCGCAGUGCACGGGCAGCGCGACCGACAGCCGCGACACGGCGCUUCAGAAGGAGCGCUUUAAGAUCGACAUGCCACACAGGUUCCGCACCAACAACUACAAGAGCCCCACGUUCUGCGACCACUGUGGGACUCUGCUCUGGGGCCUGGUGAAGCAGGGACUGAAGUGCGAUGCGUGCGAGAUGAACGUUCACCACCGCUGCAAGGGGAAGGUUGCCAACCUGUGCGGCGUCAACCAGAAGCUGAUGGCCGAGGCACUGGCGCACAUCGACACGACCCAGCAGAUGAUAAAGACACAGAAGGGAGCUCUGGCCGAGUUCCAGAAUUUUGAGAACAUGAUCCCCAACUUGCAGAAGGCCAUCCAAGCGCAGGAGCAAGCCAGAGAAGACGGUGGUGGCGACGACUCUUCGUACAACAUCACCUGCCCCAAGAGCCCCGACGAGUCGCCGACGAGCCCCGUCCCUCCCACCUCGCCCGGUCUGCUCUCCCCCACGCAGCCCGGACGUGCCUCCUCGGGCCAGGCUCCUCCCAAGCCCAUCAAGCUAGGCCUCAGCGACUUCAUCUUCCACAAAGUGCUCGGGAAGGGCAGCUUUGGAAAGGUCUUCUUGGCCGAACUGAAAUCUCGCCCAAGGAACUUCUUUGCCAUCAAGGCCCUGAAGAAGGACGUGGUGAUCAUGUCGGACGACGUGGAGUGCACCCUCGUCGAGAAGCGCAUCCUCUCCCUCGCCUGGGACCACCCCUACCUGGCACAUCUCUACUGCACCUUCCAGACCAAGGAGCACCUCAUGUUUGUGAUGGAGUAUCUGAACGGGGGCGACCUCAUGUUUCACAUCCAGGUCAAGGGUCGCUUCGAGAUCGACCGAGCAACGUUCUAUGCAGCCGAGAUUGUGAGCGGACUCCAGUUCCUGCAUGAACGGGGGAUCAUUUACAGGGACCUGAAGCUGGACAACGUCCUCUUGGACAAGGACGGCCACGUCAAGAUUGCUGACUUCGGCAUGUGCAAGGAGAACAUCGUGGGCGAUGUUCGCGCCGGCACCUUCUGCGGCACCCCGGACUACAUCGCCCCAGAGAUCGUGAUUGGACAGAAGUACAACUGCUCCGUGGACUGGUGGUCGUUUGGGGUCCUCCUCUACGAGAUGCUCAUCGGGCAGAGUCCAUUCCGUGGUGACGACGAGGAGGAGCUGUUCGAGAGCAUCCGCACCAGCGUGCCCUACUACCCGCGCUGGAUCACCAAGGACUCGCGCGACAUCCUGCCCCUGCUUCUGGAGCGAGAACCCACCAAGAGACUCGGCGUCACCGGGGAGAUCCGGCAGCAUCCGUUCUUCCGCACCAUCAACUGGGAAGCGCUGGAGAAGCGGGAGCUGGAGCCGCCCUUCAAGCCCCGUGUGGGCUCCCCCGGAGACUGGAGCAACUUUGACAAAGAGUUCCUGCAGGAGAAACCUCGGCUCUCGCGGGGAGACCGCAACCUCAUCGACUCUAUGGACCAGGACACCUUCUCCGGCUUCUCCUUCGUGAGCCACGAGCUCAAGACCGUGCUGCGGUAAAACCGUCGCAGUGCGCUCGGCCACAUCGGUUCAAAUAAUAAAGACGAGAAGAGGGGUGCGCGCGAGCAACUUGACGACAGAUAACCCCACGCGUGCUCGUCCUCCGUUCGGCCUCGUGUCGAGAGAUUCCUCCUCUCCCUCCUCCUCCGUCAAGCUUUAAACUUCAUCACCACGGGCGUCUUCAGCUCUCGAGCUUUUGUUUCGUUUUGAUUGGUGGACCGCGAACCGUUGACUUUUUCCGCAUCUCGUCCUGAAGGUGCCCGCCCUGGCAGCUUGGACGCUAAAACGCCGCAUAACUGAGAAGGAAUUGCACGUCGACUCGCCCCGGUGAGAGAGCUGAAGCGGCGACGAUGAUGGUGACUGUCACGGCGCUCGCCCUUCCCCCCCCUCCGCUGCCGCCUCUGCCAUACGGGCAACGGGAGGGCCUUUUUCCACUGAAAUAAUUUGCCGGCCCGCCUAGAAUCGCUGCCGCAUGGCUCUGACCCGAAAAUGUAUGAUGAACCGCUAAUCAUGGCCGCGGAAAAGCCAGGCCGCAAUUGCGUGCUAAGUUGUUUUGUUCUUCUCAUUGAACCCGGCGAGAGCGCGGGAGACAGAGAGAGAUCGGUGACUUGGGUGGGUCACCCCUAAAAUCACGAAUGGGUUUGAAGAAAAGCAACAAUAGAGCCAGAAAGAUAAAACAAAUGGGAGCAGAGCUACCACCGUCACUGGACGUCAAAAGCACCGCGUAAAGUGACCGGAGCUUACGUGGGGCAAAUAGAAAUCUGCGUUACGGGAGAAGUCAAACACUUGCACAAAGCUCGUAUUAACGAAACGCAACCGUGAAAUGGUGCGGGAUAGUCGCCUAAAGGUGGCCGCAGUCAGUC